AAACAAUCCUUUUUCUCUAUAUUGUGGACUGGUCCUCUCUCCCAGACAACUUCCAGCAUGCUCUCUCUAAGAGCAUUGACCCUAUUGCUUCCUGCUCUUUCAGCAGCGUACAGCCUCAAAGCCUGCACGGAUACCGGCUGCAAGGAGGGCUGUGUCGACUUCAGCGCUGAUGAUGUGUCGUCGGACUCAGAUUGCCUGGAUUUCGGCUUUCAGGCCAAGUCUGUUUAUUGGGCAAAAACUUUGAAUACGCUUGAUGGAUGGCACAAUCCUGGCUGUAACGGGGGGCCAGGCAGCGAAGAUGCUUGGAUCACUAAUGGAAACCCUUCAAACAAUGCCUGUGAAAGCCUUGAAGAGAGCGACCAAGCAAAGGACGGUAUUCGAUAUUACAUCGUCAACAACAGUGGAGAAUAA